UAUAGUCAGUCCUCAAUGGGGCGUCCGUCAAGUAUGUUGAGCUGGGUGUGGUCAGUGUGGGUGGUGUUGUGUGGUGUGGGCGUGGGUAUGGGCGUGUGGGCGGAGCCUGCUGAGGACCUGCCAUCCAUACCCCUACAACAUCGGGUGGUGCUGGAUCAGGAGGGCGCCUACUACCUGCUGUGGACGCCGAGGGAAAAGGAUGUUGUGUUCGAGGUGCAGGUGGCGACACUGGGCUACGUGGGUCUCGGGUUUUCUCCCAACGGAGGCAUGAAGGGAGCUGACAUCCUGUUGGGCUGGGUGGACCUCCAGGGCCAGAUCUACUUACAUGACCGCCACGGAGAGGGCAACUGGCGGCCCCCUGUCGACGAUACUCAGGACGUGGAGGUACUGGGAGGUUACCAGAACGACACACACACCGUCCUCAGGUUCUCACGACCAUGGUACACCUGUGACGACAAACACGAUCUCCCACUCUCAGAAAACACCAUCCGGAUAAUCUGGUGCUACGGAUUAGAGGACCCACGUGACGCAGAGAGUGUGAGGAUCCACCACCAACGGGGCACCAAAAGUCUCUACCUGAAGGAGCCCAGGUUCUCUCUCCCUACCUUCAGUGAUGACGUCACCACUUGGGAUAUUCGCUCCUCUAAUAUCAGUAUACCGGGUGACAUCUCUACCCUGUACUGGUGUAAGCUCUUUAAGUUUCCGCCCCUCACUCAUAAGACACACAUGAUCGGGUACGAACCAAUCAUCGAGGCGAGGAACAUGCAAUACGUACACCACAUGCUCCUGUACGGGUGUCACCUUGAGGACGCCCCGACACACUACGAGAAGUGGCUACAGGUAGACGGGUCACAAUGCUAUAGCAGUAAUAUGCCUACGUCUUGGCGCUACUGCAAAGCACCCCUCAUAACCUGGGCCAUCGGGUCUGAAGGUGAGGUCUUUCCUGACCAUGUCGGCUUCCCACUGGGUGAGGACCAUGGAGGAGCUGAUUACUUCAUGCUGGAGAUCCACUACGAUAACCCCUCGUUAAAGCAAGGUAUAGUUGACGGAUCUGGCCUCCGUCUCUACCACACACAGAAGCUGAGGCAGUAUGACGCGGCGGUGCUGACAGUGGGCCAUUACGUGACACCUGAACUUAUCAUCCCUCCUGGACAACAUUGGGAGACCAUCGGCCUCUGUUCUGACGACUGCACACGACAGGGUCUUCCUGAAGGUGGGGUGAAGGUGUUCCAGGCUGUCCUUCACACUCACCUGCUGGGGUCAGAUAUCUCGCUAAAACACAUCCGCGAAGGUCGAGAGUUACCUACCAAGAUCAAAGAUAUGAAUUACGACUUCAACUACCAGCAAAGUCGGGUGUUGAAGGAAGAGAUGACGAUCCUCCCCGGUGACGCUCUCAUUACCCAGUGUGGCUACGAUUCUACAGCUAAAAUCAAGCCUGUCUUUGGCGGGUUCAGUUCAGCGGAGGAAAUGUGUUUCGUGUUUCUCUCCUAUUACCCACGAGUUGACCUCACUGAUUGCACCUCAAGGCCACAACUACUCAAGCUACUUAAUACCCUGGGAGUGAAUGAAUUAUACUAUGGCCUAGAUCACAUCCUCAAUUUUGGCCCCAAGACGGUGAACAAGGAGUCGGAGAAGGUUGAGGAGUACAACCCGAGUUUUAAGAAAAUCUACUUGAACAGGGCCUUCGACCGCCUCUUUGUCAAGUCCCCCGAGGCGAUACGCAAUACCUCUGUGUCCACCAUCUUGGACAACGAUGCCACCUGGCGGAAUAAGACGCAGUUGACGUCAUUCCAGGAGGAGGUGAUCUACGGCACACAUACUGCAAAAUGUGAAAUGAAAAAUGGACAUAAUCUACAAGGUGUAUCUAAUAUUACCAAGUACCCGGAGUUCGUGGCCAUACAACAAGUGAGUCCUCCAUGUAGUCCCCUUCAGAACUCUUCAAGGGGGGUUCUUCAAGGCCAAGGAGACAGAAAACCGGAGGCUUAUACCAUUGACUCUUUAUCACCACGUUUUCAGGUUUUCAUAGAGUCUGUGACGUCACAAGACCCCUUGACGGCCCAUAAUACGUCUAUGGGGGUCGAAUCCGAGAACCAGGGAGCGGGGGCAGGCCAGGCCACCCUCUGUUCUACAGUGUCUAUGGUCUGCCUGUUCAUAUACAGCCUACAGUAACCUGAUACAGGGCAGUAAGACACAAAGCAGGCCACUGUAGUGUGUGUGUCAUGUGUACAGUACUGUCAUCAAUAAUACAGUAUGUACAGAGGAAACUGUAUGUAGUAAUGUAAUAAAUAUAUGCAGAUAUUGCAAAUUACAUACAUAUAAAACAUGUAAAUGAAGGUAUAUUGUAAGAGGCUUUAUUUAAUGUACUACCACAAAACACUAUACUGUACUGUAUUACUUACUAAACUUGUUAAUGUAAUUACAGGAGUCGGUGUGUCACUACCGAUAAUAAUUAUGUUUUAACUGUAUAUGGAAGCACUUAUUUGGCAACACUGACUCUGUAAUACUAUGGGUGCAGUAAUAAGGUGACCAACUUGUGUUUAAUAUUAUCAUUAUAAAUAAACAGGUUAGUCAACUGACUGCCUUAAGGUUUA